CACUAGCUCGUAAAAAUGAUAUUGAAUAUUGGAAACGCAAACUGGAAAAUGAUAAAAAUGCGGUGUUUAUAAACUGGGUGCGAAUUUUGCAUGGUCCUGAAACUAAUGUCUAAUCAAUUUUGUAAUGAUCUAAUCCUGUAAUGAAAUACUUCAAUCAAGAAAGAAAGAUCCAACUGACUCUUGAUUGUGGACAAAAGGAAUUUGGUAGUACUAGAUGCCGUCAAUGUCAUAUGGUAUACAUAGUUGGUGAUAAAGAAGAUGUCAAGGCUCAUAAGGAGUAUCAUCAAAUGAAAUUAUUUCCAACUGUGCGGCUACCAAGAGGACGCCAUGAAAAGAUCAUCAAGGAAAAUUUCGAUGGUUCUCGAGUGACUGAACUGCUAACUACUUUUCGGCAAGGACAAUCCUUUUACGAACGGAUAUCAACACUAAUGAGUCAUGAUCUGGGUUACGAUGUACCACCAGAAGACACUAACCCCCAUUAUACCAAGUUGUCUAAUACUUUACUUCCUGACUGGCGGGUUUUCGUUUACGUAAUAGAUCGAACGCAAUUAGUUGUGGGCUGCUGUAUUGUUGAGGAAUUAACUGCAAAGAAAGUAUCGACAAAGGGUUACAAACUGAGCAGAUUGGUUGGUGGACGAAAAAGUCUUCUAUCUUGGAGUAUACAGAGUGUCGACCAAAACUACAAUCAACGUGAUUUAAUCCCUUCAAGUUCAAACCUCUCUUGUGUAAACAUUAACGGACCAAUUUGUGGCAUUCGGAGGAUAUGGGUAGAACGUAAACAUCGUCGAAGUGGUAUAGCCACAAGUUUAUUAGAUGCUGUGUUGGAAAAUUUGAUAUAUGGUUUACCACUUUCUCGUACACAGACAGCUUUUUCUGAACCAACUGCAAAUGGCGCAGAUUUUGCUGUGUCUUACGUUGGCCGAGAAGACUUCUUAACAUAUUGAUUUCAUACUUUUAUAAUGGAGAUUGAACACUUGUAUCUUAUUGUAAUUAUGAAAUUAUAAAAUUAACUAUGUAUUUAUUGUAUUCGGUUAUUUCAAACGAGGAAAAAAUACAUGCUAUCGACACAUCG